AUGGCCACCCCCUUAAGCAGCCCCUCCCCGCGCCUCGACCGCUUCCAACAAGCCGUCGAAUCCCUCUACGGCAGCUUCUCCUCCAUCCCAGACCCCUCCGCCUGGACCCCGCCCCCCAAUUCCGGCGGUCACCGCGGCCGCUACCUCUGGACCGACGCCUUCGGCGUUCUCACCCUGAUAACCAUGCACCGCGAAUACGAGAAGUCGCUGGCGAAGGCGGCCCAAGCGCCCGACGAUCGGUACCUUGUCCUCGCGCGGCGCGUCGUGGAGACCGUGCAUGAAGUCCUGGGCUCCACACGCGACGGCAAGGCGCGGCUGCCCGGCGCAACGGCGGAGAACCCGCUCGGCGGCGGGCUGCGCAUCGGGAAGAUGGACGAGCGCGGCCCGGACGCGGACGGCCAGUACCACCAUUACCUGACGGUGUGGAUGUUUGCGCUGAACCGGCUGUCGCUGGCGACGGGGGACCCGGCGUACAACGAGCAGGCGGUGGCGCUGGCCAAGGCGAUCCACCCGCGGUUCUUUGUGAAUCGCGAGUCGGCGCGCCCGCGGAUGGUCUGGAAGAUGGCGAUGGAUUUGUCGGCGCCGCUGGUGGCUUCCGAGGGGAAUCUGGAUCCCAUCGAUGGGUAUGUGGUGUUUCGGCUGCUGCAGGGGGCGGCGAAGCAGGCGGGUGGAGGGGCGGUGCUGGCCGAGGAGAUUGCGGACUAUAAGCGCGUGAUGGAGCGGAAGGGGCAGCAUUUUGUGUCGAGUGAUCCGCUGGACCUGGGGAUGACGCUGUGGACGGCGCAUUGGUUCUCGGAGAAGGAGGACUGGGCGGCGAGGUUGGCGGGGCGGUGCUUUGAGCAGAUUUAUGAUCUGUUUGAGAUCAACCGCUACCUCGAACGCAAUAUCAAGUACCGGCUGGCGUUUCGCGAGUUCGGGACGUGUAUGGGCAUCCAGUGCCAGGCGGAACAGACCACUGAGAAAGAUCGCUCGGUCGACCUCAAGGUGUAUGCCGAUGCCAUCAUCGCGGCCUGGGAUCCGUACAUGGAGCUGUCUCUCGCAACCGACGUAACGCCAGACGAUCUGCGGCCCAUCACCCGGAUCAUGUAUGCCGCGGCGUUGAUUCCUGGAGGUGAGUAA